GCGGAGCAGACCAAAAUCCCAAACAAGGAAAUGGUGGGGGAAUAAAACGACCAUAUUAUUUAAUUAAUGCAUGUUAUAAUUAAUAUUUUAUUUUAUUGUAAAUUAAGAAAUAUUUAUGGGUUCAAAUGGAUUACGACUUCAAAACAAAGCUCGCAGCCGAACGAGAGAAGGUAGAAGAUCUGUUCGAAUAUGAAGGUUGCAAAGUGGGUCGAGGCACCUACGGGCACGUUUAUAAAGCUAAGCGCAAAGACGGGGAAGAUGAGAAGGAAUAUGCACUGAAACAAAUUGAAGGCACUGGAAUAUCGAUGUCUGCUUGCAGGGAAAUCGCUCUGUUACGAGAACUGAAACACCCCAACGUGAUCGCCCUGCAGAAAGUGUUCCUGUCUCACAGUGACAGAAAGGUGUGGCUCCUCUUUGACUAUGCUGAGCACGACCUCUGGCACAUCAUCAAGUUCCACCGUGCCUCUAAGGCCAAUAAAAAGCCCAUACAGCUGCCGAGAGGCAUGGUCAAGUCUCUCCUGUAUCAGAUUCUGGACGGGAUCCAUUACCUCCAUGCCAGCUGGGUGCUUCACAGGGAUCUGAAACCAGCCAACAUUCUGGUUAUGGGGGAGGGCUCAGAACGAGGGCGAGUGAAAAUCGCUGACAUGGGCUUCGCCAGACUCUUCAACUCUCCUCUCAAACCCCUGGCAGACCUUGACCCCGUUGUGGUGACAUUUUGGUACAGGGCCCCUGAGCUUCUGCUAGGGGCCAGACAUUACACCAAAGCAAUCGACAUUUGGGCGAUUGGCUGCAUCUUUGCGGAGCUGCUGACAUCGGAGCCCAUAUUCCACUGUCGCCAGGAGGACAUUAAGACCAGCAACCCCUUCCACCACGACCAGCUGGACAGGAUAUUCAGUGUCAUGGGCUUCCCAGCAGAUAAAGAUUGGGAAGACAUCAGGAAGAUGCCAGAGUUCCCCACCCUUCAAAAAGACUUCAGGAGAACGACGUAUGCAAAUAGCAGUCUAAUCAAAUACAUGGAGAAGCAUAAAGUCAAACCUGACAGCAAGGUUUUCCUGUUGCUCCAGAAACUCCUUACAAUGGACCCCACUAAAAGGAUUACGUCUGAACAGGCACUACAGGACCCAUAUUUCCUGGAGGAUCCCUUACCAACCUCAGAUGUAUUUGCCGGAUGUCAGAUACCUUACCCAAAACGAGAGUUUCUAAACGAGGAUGAGCCAGAUGAGAAAACAGAGAAGAACCAGGUCCAACAGCACCAGCAGACGACAGCCCAGGCCCAGGCCCAGCAGCAGAGUGGCACCCAGCAGGCUUCUAACCAGCAGAGCUCCACCCAGACCAACGGCAAUGCAGGGGCCACUGGAGCCAACUCCGGGGGAGGCCUACAGCACGGCCAGGACCAGGGGCCCCCCAACAAGAAAUCUCGCACCGGGCCCUCAGGAGCCUCCUCAGGCACUGGGAUCCACCAGCACUCCAGCUCCCGCCUUGGUUACCAAAGCAACAUCCAAGGUUCCACUCAGUCCCAGGGAUACUCGUCGUCAUCCCAGCAGAGCUCACAGUACUCACACCAGCCACACCGCUACUGAGGCUCUUAGAACAGGCCAGGGGCCUCUCCCAAACCAACCCUCGACCAAAAACAAACCUUAGCAUAACCUCUCACCUCCCUCUGGCCAAGGUAUUACUGACUCCUCAUCCUUAUCAGACCUCAUUAUGUGUCAGAUAAUUCCAACAACACAACAGUCACUCAUUAUCCACCUUCAUGUCAGCCCUACUACACUGACUGACCCUGGCCUCACUUCCAGCCAAUGUCCUCACACUUACCCACCCGAGGGCACUGCAAUAUGAAGGCCAACUCAACAUAGGAACCAAAAACAAACCCUGCCUCCUUGAGGGGUAGGACAAGAUUUUCUAUUAUCAUCAAGUGGCAAAAUCGAUUGAUACUAGAUAAGAAGGAAACACGUCAGGUGCAACUGACUACACAACACAAAGACUAUGAACCAUGACACUUACAAAAACAUGUUCUUCAAGAGGAAGAAUUGCAGCUCUGUUCAUAUAUAAAUAUAUACUAUAGAGUACCUUUUUUUAUUUGUUUAACAAGAGACUUGUUUUUGCUCGUUUGCUAUGUAGAGUUUGUUUACUUUGAUUGUGGAUGUUUUUGUAAAUAUUGUUCGAUAUAGAAGAAGAUGGGAUGAAACAGGAAAAUAGCCCUUUACUGUCAUCACUUUCCUUCACUGUACAGUUGUUUACCCUGGAUUUCUGUUACCAGAUAACAAUUGAAUCAAAAGGAAGAAAAUGAGCCAAUACUUUCCUGAUGACAAAAGAUCUUCUGAGAUCUUCCCCUUGGCUUGGAAAUACAUUUGUACAGAAGAAAGUUAGCUCUUUAGCUGAUGUGAUUGCAGGGAAUUACGAAAUACACCAUUUUAUCUUAAUCUUGUUAUAAAAUACUUUUUUUUUCUUCAAUUUUAAGCCUUUUAUUUUUCUAGAUUUGUAGUCUGAAAGUCUGCAUUGGAAGGAACCGUUUAUCAGCCUUUCUUCAGUCUGCAGCAAGUUAUGUAAGCAUCUCUAGGUACCCCAUGUCGCCUGACCGAUAACAACUACCAAGCUACUGUUUUACUAUGAGUCAUGUCCAUCAAGGAAACAUUUGUCGGUGAAUCUAAAUGUUCUCCUUUCUGGCCAGAGGUGUUUGAGUGUGUGUGAGAUGCUUGUUGUGGACACCUUGGGUUGACAGGUCUUUCCAUGGACACAGACAUCACUGAAGGUGACAUCAUAUAGUGCAGCUAACAGUGUGUAUGUUCCUGAGACGGUUACUGCCUUUUAUUUUCCAUGUAUUUUUCUAGCUUUUAAUGUUUCAUUAUUGUUCUUUACAUGUUUGUAUUUCCUCUUAUUCAGUCAAAGGACUGCACUGCUGAACGGAUCUGCAAAGACCUGGAACAAAUAUGGGAAGUCUUGCACCCCAGCCUCUUCAACUCCACACCCCUGGUAUUAACCCAGGUAGAAAAAGGUUUUCUUAUAGUACUUAUCCUGUGAACUAGUUGACUGGAUCUGCACUGUGUGUGUGUGUGUGUGUGUGUGUGUGUGUGUGUGUGUGUGUGUGUGUGUGUGUGUGUGUGUGUGUGUGUGUGUGUGUGUGUGUGUGUGUGUGUGUGUGUGUGUGUGUGUGUGUGUGUGUGUGUGUGUGUGUGUGUGUGUGUGUGUGUGUGUAGUCCAAGUCCAAGUCCAAACACACAGAGAGACUGUAGAUGAACAUGGGAUAAGACAGCCACUUCAGCUUCUUCUGUGACUAGGGAAGGGAUGUGGAAACAUUGACAUCUAGUGGCUAUUGACAGAACGGGUCCUCAUGUUCAGUGAUGGUGAACAUGUAUUGUGUUCAGUUUGUCACAAGGAUCAAGGCAAUCUUUAUCAAGACUUUGCAUUACGAUUCUUUAAACUGCCUUUUGUGAUGUUCAGAAACACAAGGCAUAUGUUGACGAUGAUGAUAAUGAUGAUCAUCAACACUCCUUUUGUAGCCAAAGGAGAGAGACUCUUAUUUUGUUUUCUAUAGUAAGAAAAUAUUCACAGCAACAAUACAAGGUACUAACUAACCAACUGAUAUACUGCUCUCUGUGAUGCUGUUUGCUUCUGACAGUAAUACUGCACAGUUCUUCUGUGUUUGAUUUGUCUGUCAUCUCUGGCUCAGUCAAACAGGUGGAUUGAGAGAUCUGCUGUUGAUCAUCACCUGUCUGUCUGUUUGUCUGUCUGUCUGUCUCCUUCUCUCUCCUCACAGACCAUAUUUCUUUCUCACCACUCCCAGGUUACUGAAGUACAGUAUGUCUUAUGUGUGUUGUGGUGAAUGCCAAAACACUAGAUGAACAAAAGGGACUGCUCCCUCCUUGUUCAAGAUGAGUUCCUAACAGUCGCCCAGAAUCUUUUCCAUAUCGGACUGGCUCUCUAUUUCAUGCUGAUACAUUGUAACUGUAUUGGUUUGGGUUUGAGUUUCUCUUUUCUAUGUUCCGUAUGAUCUGGCAGGCACACAGGCCCAGUGGAUUAACAACAGCCUUCCCAGAACAGUGGUGUUUACUCGGGAACAAAACCAGCAGCUAUUGAACCUUUUUUCUCUCUUUUAUUCUAUUGGCGCAUAUCUGAAGUAUAGUUGAAGAGCAUUGAGAAUACAUUAGAUACUGUUUCUCAAUGUAUCUCUAUACAAGCGAGGUAUCAAAAGUAUUAUUCAUUGUGCGGCUCCAACAAGUGAUCGUGGGGCAAAUAACUGUUAAACAGUUCCUAUGCAAAAGCAAAGAGAAUGGUGCAAUGCUUAAAUUUUACUAUGAGAGAUUGAGAGUUUUCUUAGGGUUUUUAAAAAGAUUGGGAUAUCCAUUUCCACAUCGUAAAUCUAAUGUUGAACAUCGUAAUUGAAGAAGGCAUUCGCUUGUUUCUUACAGCAUUGUUAAUUGUACUCUAAAUGAAAUAUAAACUAUAUGGUUGUUCCACGAGUGCCUUUUGCAUCCCUGGGAUAUUUUAAGUAGAAAUUGUGCACCAAUUUUGAAUUUUAAAAGCCUGCUAUAUUAAAUGAAGUGCCCUUUAAUAUAGACCACAUGUAGAAUUCAAUCCAAUCUGAUUAUUAUAUGAAUAAAUGCUUGCUAAUGUGCGAAAAUCCUGUAUUUUGACAGGUCCCUCAGUUAACCCUGUGUCACUUAUAGGAAGAUUUCAAACCACUUAAUCCAAACAUUUCUCCAAGUUUCACCAUUAUUGUAAAGCCCUAGUUAUUUUGUUGCUUUGACAAAGUAAUUUCUGAAGAUUAUUAUUUAUUGAAUGUGAUUAGUUAUUCAUUUACAUCUAUCCCUCAUUUUAAGGUAAACCCUGUUAUGUGAACUCAACUCUAUUUUUAAUGUGGUGAAACUAUUCCUUCUCAAAACAAACAUUGAACAUCUAAUAGUCAAAUCAUAGUGUAAAAUCAGGUGAGCUGGUUCUACUCUUUUUGGCCAUUUUCUGUUGUUUUGUGGUGGAAAACUGAGCUGUCGAACAUAAAAGUCAACCCUGUUACCCGUAGAUAUACAGACUAGAAAUGUUUUAGCAAUUUCUUUUUUUUUUGUGAAGCUUGCAUUUAAUUGCCACUCCACAUGCACACAACUGUAACGGUUUUCUUUAGGUGAAGUAGAGGCGGACCAAAAUGCAGCGUGGUUCUUAUUCAUUGUACUUUAAUAAAGAAA